GUCACGCACGAGCUGUAAAGAAGUCUACACAAGUGGGUGCUGGCACCAUGGCGGCCAUCAGAAAGCUGGAUCGAAUAUUCAAUAAUCGUCCUUAUUACAAGGAAAGGAGGAGAGAUGCAAAUACAUCCUAUGUGUGCACCGAUGCAACAAAAUAUGAUUGCCCUGGGCGAGGUACUCUAAGAAAUGAGGUGUUCACAUUAACUCAACCUCACAAUCAUGCAGAGGAUGGAGAGUUGGAGAGAAAAGAGGAAUUUACCCACCAAUUAUGCAAAGCCGCUUCAACUCAACUCAGGCAGUUACGCCACAUAUACGACAAUUUGGCACCAGUGCACUGGCAAGCUGCACAGAUAAUGAACUGGGCAGUGGUUUCAAAGAAGAUGAAGACAUGGCGAGGGAAUCUCAUCUUACCGGAAUUCAAUGCUUCAUAUUCAGUUUUAUAUAAUAAAUUGAAUUCCGUUACCUAUUCUCCACUUCUCAGGUGCGUCGAUGGUGCGGUAAUGGAUGUCGAAAUUUUUAAUCGGGGAGAGGACGCUGAAGUUAUAAUUUUCUCCGAUCCAGAACACCUCGGAGAGCUGUCACAUUCACUCAUAUCAUCAGUUUCCUUCGCCUCCAUAGCCAACUACAAUCCACCAGAUCUGCCAGUAUCAGAAAUCCUUAUCAUAUCUGCACUGGUCGCCAACACCGUCAAGACAUGUUUGUGGGUUCUGAUUAAAAAUAAAUUACCAGCAGCAUAUACAUCAGUGGUCAACAAACUAACACAAACAUUUGGCGAAAACGUGCCAAUGUAUGGCAACUUGGAUCACGACCUGCACGAACAACUGCAGCAAUCGUAUACGCAUGUAAAGGGCACCAUGUACUACUUAUCGAACAUCAUUUGGGCCAAGGCAAAGGAGCUUGAUGUGAGAUUUUUGGACGGUACAAAUGGAAUUGUUAUUUCCCAACUCUGCAGUCUAUCGUUGUUAAACGAGGAUAACAUCUUGGCUGGUUAUGGAAAGCUGUGCGAGCAAUUAACACUUCAACAGAAGACCCAAUUAGCGAAUUUGCUCGAGUCCUUCGAGGAUGAGUGGCUUGUCCUCGUGGGCCCUUCCAAGAUGAGUUUCUACCUGGAUAAUGAUGCUGUAAAAGAUUUUCAGCAAACCGUGAUCAAGCGCUUCAAUAAGCACAUCAAGCGAGACGCUGAUUUUUGGGAUCUAAUGACGUAUAUUAUCCAGAAACAUAAGACCCUGCAGAGAGAGAAAAAUCGUGGGAAACUUCAUUGGGUUCCUCGUGGUCGGGAGCUGAGUGAUCCUCGUAGUUCGCUCAAGCUCCAAUGGGUCAAACUACAAUGUGGGAAAUUGGAGGUCGAUCGCUUCGUUAAAUCAGCAGCAUUCUUAAUGAAAAAACUGUAUGCUGAUUGCUUGAAAUUUCUCGCCACAAUUCAUCCCAACUUCAAAUUGCUGAAAACUGAAGGACACGAAGAAUGCGCCAUGGAGAGAAUUUACAAUCAACGAAACGCUGCUCGAGAUGAAGAGCAAAUUCUCCAACUCGUGAAUCCAAAUGCUCGACGGAUGGCAGUGCCUCGGCGUCAGCCAAUUAAUCACAACGCCAGACCAGCUGGUGGAAACGCUGCCCAUGGCAAUGGAGCACAGGCCAACCCAUUGAGACGUCGUGGAGAUGCACAUAGGGUGGCUGGUGUAGUCAGGGGGAAUGCGCCAUUGAUCAGAGGCGGUGCAGCCAGAGCACGUGUUAGAAAUGGAAACGUUGCUAAUCUCCUGGUGGCAGCAUUAAAUGGCCAAGUACAGCAGCAAGUCAAUGUGCCAGACGUCCCAGAUGAGAGAGAAGUAGGGGCUGUGAGAACUCGUAGACUGGGAGGAAAUGCUGCAGUCAUUGGAGCACAAGGCCAUUUUCCAUUGAGGAUUCCCGUCAGGGCGGAUGCCCAAGGAGGAGGGAUCAGAGGCGGAGCCGAUUUGGGCGCUGGUGUUGUCAGAGCACAGGUUCCAGCUGUGGACGUUGCUGAGCCCCUCGUGCUAGCAUUAGAUGUGGAGGCGAUUCCAGUUGCGGUGGGACCAGUUGGUCAAGGUUUUGAUAAUCCCAUGGAUAUCGAAGUUGAUGGGCCACUCGUAGUUGCAGUGGAAGCUGAAAGAGAGGAGGCGAUCGCUGGGCCAGGUGCGCCAAUCUAUGAAGAGAUGAGGGCUCAGAGGAUUAUCCCUCCGAUGGGGGAAAUUCCAGUUGCGGUGGAACCAGUUGGUCAAGUCGGUGGCAAUCCCAUGGAUAUCGAAGUUGCUGAGCCCCCCGUGGGAGGAGUAGGUGUUGGAAGAGAGGACACCACCUCGGAAUUUACAAGUCGCUGUGCAGGUGGAUCAGCAGCCGUCGUUUAUAGACCUGGAGCAGCUUGAUGAUGAUGACCCCAUCUUCUAUAUUCCUGAGGAUGAUUACGGUCGGAGGAGGAGCAGCCGAUCAGUUACCACCCCCUUCCAACUAAUGAAGAAAGAAGAGAGAUGGAAGAGACGGUGAGGCUAGAACUCGCGAGGAACUCAGCAACUAUCUGUGCCUCAUGUAAGGAUCGCCGUGCUAACGUCACUUAUGAACCUUGUGGACACAAAGUUUCGUGUGAAUAGUGCACCAUUGAGCUGGCUCGAAGACUUAGGCGUGGGACCAUCUCGAUGCAGUGUACCGUAUGCCGUACACGCGUAAACAACUUUAUCAGCAACUAAAUCUCAUUCAUCACAUUCAGGGAAUCUCGUAUUUUUCAAGCUCAAAAAUGCCUAUUUAAACCGUAAAAUGUAACUAUGUCGUCGCAUUAAAAUUAAAGGGGCGUAAGUGCUGUGCAUAAGCAUAGCUUUUACGCCCCUUUGAUUUUAAUGUGAUGAUGUUAUUACAUCAGUAAAAUCAUUACAGUUGAAAUGAUACAAAUAUCAGUAGUUUUCAGGGGGAUUUAUCAAGGGAUAUUUGUUUCUAAAAUGUACUACAAGUACAAUCAAUUCUUUGAUAAUGUCUAGUAAAAGAAGCUUGGUGUUGCCGUUUUUAAUAUUUUUAUAUAUUAUUGUUUGAUGUAUUUGGUAAAAAAAAACUGUCUUCAUUUAAUUCCCCAGGUGGUGUCUAAAUAUGGCAAAAUGUAAAAUGUUACUUUCUUUGAGUUGUCAACAUUUUUUCGUACAAUAUUUUUUUGGUUUGUGGUCAUGGACUAACGAUAAUAACAUUAAUAAAAUGAGGAGGUAUUUUAAAAUUUAAA